UUUAUGACUUGAAGUGACUACAUGAACAGCGAAAUUAAAAAAGAGUGAAAAAAGAAAAAGAAAUUUGUAAAUCUAAAAACUGAUGUAAACAUAUGUUAAAAUUUUUGUUGAAAUAUUAAAACUGAUUACAAUCAAGUUGAAAAUUCUGCUUAGAUAAUAGUACGCAGAUUUAUUUCCAAGUUAAUGAUUGGAAUUUUUUAGAGAUUUUGGGCUUUGUUUCAUAGCUGGACAGUGUUUGUCAAAAUCCGAACAGACUGUAAUUGUUGUAUAGUCAAGAUGGAGCAACAGACAAAAAUCACGAAAUCAAAAGCAAGACAUUUGCGUCGAAAAAAGCUGAAUAUUGCCCGAAGAGCAGCUGAGUCUCAUAUAGCUACUGAAAAUAAUGAAGAGAUAGUAAACGGAAUAAAAAAUAAAUCAUUAGAAAAUGAGAAAAAUGUUAGUAGCGAAAAACAUAUAAUUGUUCCCGAUAGUCAAACUGCUAUUAAGAGACAUGAUUUAGGUCAAGUGUCAAAUUCUCAUUUAAAAUUGGAAAAUAAGAAUCUACCCAGAGAAACAAAACACUCUGACCAAAUUAUAAAUCAAGAACUAUUAUAUUUAUUUACGAAUACAAGAGAAACUAAUUUAAAAAGUGAUUAUAGUGAUGAUUUUUUUUCAACACUAGAAGAUAUUGCUGCAAAGUUGAACAGUAUACCUAUUGCUUGCAGUGAGAAGGUACCAGAAAAAAAGAUGAAUUCUGAAGAAAAAAGUAGAGAACAAAUAAAAGCUGAGCGUGAAGCAAAAAAAGCAGCGAAAUUAGCUGCCAAGAAUAAAAAUAAAGAAAAAACCGUAGAUGCCAAAUGUAGUAGUUCAACAGUUGCUAAAGAAACUAGUAAUGAAAAACUACAAUCUACAGAUAGCAAUGCCAUUUCUAAGGAAACAAAAUUAAAGUCUAAAGAGACUAAAGUUAUUCCUAAAGAAUUAAAAUCAUUAAAAGAGUCUUCGGCGAAAUCUAAUCUUGAGUCAAUAAAAAGUGAAUUAGAUGACAUUACGAAUGAGUUGGAUAAAAUUCAAUUCGGAAAAUCUGAUACAACACCUCCGAAUAAGGAAAUACUGAAAGUGUCAGAGGAAAAGAGCAAAGCUCAGUUACGUGCCGAGAGGAGAGCAAGACAAGAAGCUCAGCGAGCUGCUAAACAAGAACAAGGUGACAAAAAGAAACAAAACCCAACUCAAGCAAAAGUAGCAACAACUCAGUUAAAAGUUUCUGAGCCAGUUAAGAAGAUUACUCCGAAAUCAGUCACAACAAAAGACAGUUCACACGGAGUAAAUUUAUUUAAACAUUUGCAUCAUGAAAGAGAUAUCGCGUUAGGUAAUGUUUCUGAUUUAGGUUCGAAAAUUCAUCCUGAAAUAGUAAAGCUGGGUGUGAAGUAUGCGAACAAAAUUAUCGUGGGAAGUAAUGCGAGAUGUGUUGCUUUUCUUCAAGCUGUUAAGCACUUAGUUGAAGAUUUUGAACGACCUUCUCAAGCAGAUUUUACUCGAGGAUUGGAAGUUAGCUUACAAGAAUCCUCUGUUUAUCUUGAUCACUGCAGACCCUCAGCUGUAUCAAUGCAAAAUGCCUUAAAACAUCUUAAAUGGCAAAUGUCUUUGUUGCCUGCUACAAUAUCGGACCAAGAAGCAAAAGUGAAACUUAUUAAUGCUAUAGACACUUACAUUCAAGAACAAAUAUUAUUGGCUGAUAAAGCAAUAUCAAUAAAAAUCCAAACUAAAAUAACGAAUGGAGAUGUGAUAUUAACAUAUGGAUUCUCAUCUUUGAUCCAUAAAAUAUUAUGUGAUGCUCAAUCAGCUGGGCGUCAAUUUCAGGUUGUAGUUGUUGAUGGUAGACCUUGGUUAGAAGGUAAAGAAAUGUUGAAGAGAUUGGUCAAACAUGGAAUAGAAUGCAGUUAUAUUUUGAUACAUGCACUUAGUUUUAUAAUGCCUAAGGUAAGCAAAGUAUUUUUGGGAGCACAUGCAAUUUUAGCAAAUGGAUCAGUGAUGUCCAGAGCUGGAUCAGCACAAGUAGCACUUAUUGCUAAGGCCUUUAAUGUGCCAGUUUUAGUAUCCUGUGAGACGCAUAAAUCCUGUGAAAGAGCACAAACUGAUGCUAUCGUUUAUAAUGAAUUAGGAGACUCGGAAGCUCUUACGGAAACAUUUUUGUGUGAUUCGAGAAAAUCUUGUCUUGCCAAUUGGAAAACGAAAAAAUCAUUGAAUCUUCUCAAUAUAACGUACGACGUGACUCCUGCAGAUUUAGUCACAGCUGUUGUUACGGAAUUAGCGAUUUUACCUCCAUCCAGUGUCCCUGUCAUUCUACGAAUCAAACCAUCAGAAAUAUAGUUUUUAAUUAAAUCCACGUCAAAUACUUCUAAUUUCUUACUAACAGCUUUUGUAAUUAUCAAUUUCAAUAGUUUGAUUAUCUCAGAUUUAGAUGAUUUUUUGGAAAGUCUGUCUAACUGUGAUUGUUGUUACACAUUAUUGUGUUCUGUUCUUUGUAAUAAAAUAUUUUUAAAUCGUAUAAUUAAAGGUUUAUUUUAUUAUAAAAUUAUGAAAUAA